UUUUGCAGGAAGGAAGCAUGCAAGUGGCGUGGCGGCCAAUAGAGGCUCCCUCCAUAUGAGUCAAAGGUUUGGAAUUGAUCCUGCUGCUUUUGCCUGCAGUCCCACUCAAUUGAGGUUAGCAAUGUUACACUUCCAACGUACAUCAUUUGCGCUUUGCAGCUGCUUUCUUUUGACUUUUUUGUUCAACUCUGCUGCCUUGACAGCUGAUUGGUCGUCUGUCGUCGUGGAGAUGUCAGGGACCGUAGGUGGGGGCAGGCGAGGCGGGAAGCUCUGCGUUUCCGCGGUGGCCCCUACGUUGUCCUCCCCCCAAUUGAAGUCCGCAGGCGGCCGACAAUGGCGCUGAUAUGCGCCUCUCUGUGAGUGUGUCCUCAUUGACGCUGCCGGCGGGAGGAUGGAGAUUCCCGCAGACGUGUCCCGUGGGCGCCUGGUCACGCUGUUACUCUGCUUUUUGAGUCUCCACGGGUCAGCAACCAUCGACACAGUGAAUGUGGUGGAUUUCUGCGGUCAGACCAUCCGGGGCGACGGCAUGAUCAUCAACUCCCAUCAAGAAUCCAAAAAGUACUACUUUGUCACAAUGGGGACCGACUGCCAUCUGACCAUGCAAGGCAGCUCCCCGAAGGACAAGGUCCAGUUCCACUUUCGCUUUUUCCUUGUUUACAGUUUGUUGCGAGUUGCCCCUCUGAGCCCGGCGCCCCUGCUAGCACUGGACGCAAAAGUGGAGCCCACCUCUGAGGAAAGCUCAGGGGGGGAUCCCUGUCACGCGGGCUCCUUCGUUCAAUUUUACGACGGACGGGACAGGAGCUCGCCUCUUCUCGGACCUCCUCUUUGUGGCAAGAGUCCACCGCGGCCGGUGCUCUCCACAGGAAACUACCUGACCCUGCGACUGGUCACCCGUGGUACUCAGCCCAGAGUGGACUUUGUGGGGGACUUCACAUCCUUCAGACUUGGUUUCAACCACUCUUUGUGCAGCAGUGAGCCUUACUUCACUUGCAGGAACGGAAAGUGUAUCCCACUCAGUCUGGUGUGCGAUGAGAAGGGCAUUGACAACUGCGGGGAUGGGAGUGACCUGGAAGAAAAUCUAACCACAGGGUGCAAAGCAGGUCAGCUUGUAGCAGCAGAGCAGCCAGGAACAGCAAUAGCAAUAGCAACGCCGCCGCCGCCACCUCCAUCUUUUGUCAACUCCCCCACAGUGCCAACACACUUCAACUGUGGAAUUCCACACAGCACUCCUAGUUAUGAGUCUGUUUCCGACUCUCCUGCCUCGGUGUCCUUGUGGGUACUCUUCAUGAUUGUGGGUGUGCUGGUGGGAUCGGCAGUGCUCUGCUGGUGCUGUUGGUCUCCCGGCUGGUUCCUGUGGCGCAUAAGUAUUUUCCGCUUUCUGUCACGCUGCAACUCACCGUGCGCCUCUUGCCAACUCUGCGUCAACAGCUGCGCUUCCAGCAAGGAGCAGCGUCUGGCAAAAGUCAGCCCACAGCUACCGCCCAGCGGCGUGCUCGUCACCGGCGCUGACGAAAGGCUUUCUGCCGCCGCCGCCGCCGCCGCCGCCGGGCUUUAAGCAAAAAGCACCACAGAAAGUCCAGUGUGAGGAAUAUUGAGCAAGAAUUCCUCAACAUGGACUUUGACUCGCAUCAAGCUUUUUUUGAGGAAUUGGCUCAUCUAAAAUAGCUGAAAGCAUUUGACUAUAGGAAAAACUGUUUUGGGGAUUUUGUGACUAUGGAAAGCAGGGUGUAGACUUGUCUUGGAUUGCACCAUGUUUCACUUGUCAUGGGUUCUAGUUUUCUCUCUAAAACCUUGCAGAACAUCUUAUCAGGUGCUUAGUGUUUGUUAUACGCCUAAAUGGCCAUUUUACGCCGACUUUGGGGUCCAGAGUUUGAGAAUCGCGUUAACCCCGAAAGCUUGUGGUCUUGUGGUUUUUUUUUUUUUUUUUUUUUUUUUUAGAAAGGCAUGCUUUUAGGCAGCCGAAGGGGUCUUUUGUUAAGGUCAUUUAGGUCAGGCAUGUUUCUGGGCAGCUGAAGGGGUCCUUUGUUACAUUCAUUUGGUCAGGCAUGUUUUGGGGCAGCUGAAGGGGUCCUUUGUUACAUUCAUUCAGUGCAGAGGUCCGUCUGUUGACGUUUAAUUCAAAGAGAAGCAAAUAUCACGUAGGUUGGUCAUUUUGAUGCUAUGUGAAUUGCAUGGAAGAAAGAAUAAAGCAGCCACUUAUUCUACGACCGUGUCCGCCCACGCUCUUUCACUUGAGGUGUUUCCGCCAACUUAGAAUCGAAUCGAAUCGAAUCAAGCAGUCAUCAUGAUCAAACCCCUCCCUAGGGCUAAGGCUUACACCACGCUAGUCAUUUAGCUUGGUACGUACGUUCCUUCAGUCUGUACUUGAGCCGGUUGGGGAAGAUUACAGGACAGGUCCACUUGUGUCCUCCCUCACUUAGUCUGUCUUUUCCCCCCCAAAGUUCUUCUGUCCAUCUGGACCGUUGCGUGUGGAGGAUAUUUACAAUUCCCUUUGGUUCACAAUUGCUCCAGUAGUAUGUGGGCCCCUAAAAGCAGUUGAAUUAAGCAAGACGAGAUAAAUGUUGUACUUGUAAACUGUGACCUAAUUGUUGAUCCUAGAUGUAUAUUGACAAGAGCAUGUCAUGUCAUAGACACCUGGGAACUGUCUUCCUUAAAGAAAAGAUGUGUGUAUUGCCCAGAUAGAUAGGAUUCGUGUGUCCUCUUUGUCACCGACUCCAGAUGGAGUAGCUCAAUAACAUUUGCUCCAGCAGCCACGGUGUGUGUGUGUGUGUGUGUGUUGUGUGACGACAUUACACACAACCUACAGCAGUCUUGUAAAGAUUUUGAGUAAGACUCAAGGCCAUAGGCCUAAAGCGGAAAUAUAGUGUUUCUAAGCUCCCCACGUUGCCAGGCAGGAACACACCAAUGGACUUUUUUUUCUUUCUUUUUUUAUCGGCCCAAGUGUACAAAGUAUGUGCAUCAACGUAUGAUAUACAUGAGACACACACAUAAAGUUGUGCCUGUGUGUCACUCAAGAUAAGGUCAACACUCCAUUUGAAUGUUUUUGUCAUUAACUUGAUAUACGCGUUCUUUACUCUGAAAAAACGUUCAAAUGGUAACGUAAUGCUAAGUAGUGAGAAGGGCCUUUGCUAAGCAAUUGUGACAUGUCUCUGUCUACAGUAAAAGAACAGACAAUCCAAUGUUGCUACAUUAGGGGACUGUGGUUCAAAUUGGAAAGUUUCCAUCAUUUUUGUCAUCAU